CUAUAACUCACCCUCAGCUGUUACAAGAAAAAAAAAAAAGUUAUGAAAAUUCUCUGAUAAGCGUUUCUCCAGUAGAUAAAAGUUUCUGUGUUUAUCCACUUGUCUCGAUUUUAGCAAAAUCACGCCCAGCAUUAAAAUCUAUUCAACUUCCAACGUCUUCAAGUCAGAUAAUUAGCAAGGUCGUCAACUUUUCAAGAUUUCUGGUGGUAUUAUUUUCUUUAAAAAUAAAAUAAAAUCAAGAAACGGAAAAUAUGAUGCGAAGGCAGAAUCAAGACCAACAAUCUCGCGUGUUUGAAGAGCUAUCAACGUUAGUAUUAAAUCUCCUCCGUUCACCAACGCCUCUCUCGUUUUCCGAUCAAAUUCCGAUGCCCACCACGCCGGUGAGGAGGAGGUUGCCGGAGAUAACGCCAGCGGGAUUUGCGUCGUUGCUGUUAGGGAUGUCGUUGACUUUGAUGUUAUGUGGAUCGGUGACGUUUUUUAUUGGGUUUCUGUUGAUGCCCUGGGUUCUUGGAUUGGUCAUGGUGUUUUAUGUUGCCGGGAUUGUCUCAACUAUCUCCAUGCUGGGCCGCUCUCUUCUUUGUUACGCCACGGCUCCUCCCUCUUCUCCUCGAAAGGAGAUUCCUGCAUGGAAACUUUUGUGAAUGCAAUGUGGUUCAGAGAGUCGAACUGUGUACGGGAUUAUUGAGUAGCACUAAUGUUGCAGUGAGUGAUGUUGCAACUACAGACACGGGAAUAUGAGAUUUCCCAGCUUUUUCAAGAAUUGAUGCAGGAACCGUGGAUACCUGUCUUUCCUGAUGGCUUAAACUUGUGGAUAUGGCUUCUUUUAUCAAGUAGAAAUGGUGAACAUUGAAGAUUAUAACAACUAGUGUGUAAUGAGUUUUUACUCAUGGGAAGAAAUGGGAGGAUUGUUCUUAGGGUAUUUCUGAAAUUUAAUUCCCAUCUGUUCAACAAUACAUCAGCAUUACGAUAUUACCUUAUUUCAUCUU